UACUUCCAAUCACAAGUUCACCCAAAAUUCGUCAACUUCUGAGCUGAGAAAUAAAUUAAUAUUUUUCUAUAAGAAUUUUGAAAUCGGGCACAAGCUGUAAAUAAUAGAUUUUGGAUUUUCUAUGAAUUCAAAAACACUUCCAUCACAGAAGGCUUUUGACUCACCAUUAAAGCCAAGUUAGCCUCGAAAGUUACUUCCAAUCACAAGUUCACUCAAAAUUCGUCAACUUCUGAGCUGAGAAAUAAAUUAAUAUUUUUCUAUAAGAAUUUUGAAAUCGGGCAGAAACUGUAAAUAAUAGAUUUUGGAUUUUCUAUGAAUUCAAAAACACUUCCAUCAAAGAAGGCUUUUGACUCACCAUACCAUUUCGUUUAAAGCCGAGUUAGCCUCGAAAGUUACUUCCAAUCACAAGUUCACUCAAAAUUCGUCAACUUCUGAGCUGAGAAAUAAAUUCCGAAUUGUGAUCACUAAACUUCGUCUAAAUCACAGAUAAAAAUGUACAAUAUGGAGGAGUUAAGUGGUUUAAGCUUCACGGUUACCAUAGUGUUGACGAUCUGUGCCGCCGCCUUGGGUUAUUUGUACGCCUAUUACCGUCAGUGUAGUAGUAAGAAGAAUCAACUGACUGUUGCAAAAUGUCCUGCUACCAAACUUCCUGAUUUGCCAACAAUCAAAUUGACCCUGGAUCAGUUGUUGGAAUUCGACGGGACGCGCAGUGAUGGCAGAAUCCUGGUGGCGCUCAAGGGAAAGAUUUACGAUGUAUCCAGUGAUUUCGAGGAAUACGGCCCAAAGGGAACCAUACGUCAUAUAGCUGGCAGGGACUUUACGAAUUAUCUCAAGUGGAUAAUGGACUCGCAUACUAACGAGGUCAACUAUGUGGCUCGUUGGGAAGGCAUACUGGUAACGAAUUAUUCAUGCGUUGGUUAUGUCAUCGAUGAGCUGGGCAAUCCUCUUGUUCCACAAUUUGAGAAUCAUAUUGCUGAUGUGGUCGAGGAAACUCAGGAAGACAUGGUGGAACCAAUCAAAGCCAAUGAGAAGUCAGUGAAGACACUAAACGAGGAUCUAACUGCCGAAACAUUGCCAUCGGAUACCAAAUCAAAGAAGAAGAAGAACCAAUUAGAAGAAACCAAUUCCGAAAUCCGUAUCAGUGCGGAAGUUUCCGAAUGUUAGAAAUGAAAAUUCAUAUUUAGUUUUGAGGCCCAUUUUUGUAAGAUGCUGGUUAGCUAAACUAUUUAAAUAUGUUAGUAGUAUACAGAGAUGAUGAAAAUGCAAUCAUUUUAUAAGUAAAACGCACUAACGCUGUUCUAAUAAAAAUUUAAUUAGCACUUUAA